AUGGCUGGCCUUAAGCUAAUGUGUCCAAUAUGUACCGAAAAUUUUGCGGAAUCUGAUGAAAUUUUUAGUACCAGUUGUGGGCAUUUGUAUCACAUGGCAUGUAUGCAUGAAUGGAGAAGUCGAGCUACAAGUUGCCCUCAAUGCCGUGAAGAAAAUCCUACGUCCCAUAAGAUAUUUUUAAUUUUAAACGAUGAUCGGAAAGUGCCACAAUCACUUCCUUCUAUUGACAUUGUGGAAGAACUACAAGCAAGACUAGAUUCAAGCCUUGACAAAAUACAUGAACUUGAGGAACAGUUGAGUGAAAAUGAAAGCAAUUUUCUUCAAAUGCAACAACAAUAUUCUCUUGAACAGGAAAUGAGAAUAAAAUUGCAACGGGAAAUUGACCAAGUAGCCAUUACAGAUGAACAUUUUCUCCAAAUGCAUUCGUUAUACUCCGAAUCAGAAGAUCGAGUGAAAAUAUUGCAAGAGGAAAUUCUACAUCUUACUGCUGAAAAUGAACGUAAAUCUGAAGAGUUUAAAAUUAAAGAAAAUGAAAUUUCAAUUCUGAAAACAUCUUUACAAUCAACGGAUAAAAAAAUAGCAAACGAAGUCGAAAUCAUACAACAAUUGCAGCAACAACUCUCAGAGAACGAGAAUAAGGUUAAGGAUUUACAGCAAGAAAAUACUCGCCUUGUUAAUAAGAACGAAUAUAACAUAAAAGAACUGGCAUUGAAAUCAAGGGAAAUAUCUGUGUUAAAAGAAUUUCUGAACCGAAAAAUCGGAAAUUCUGAUAAAGCUGCAACUAAUACUCCAGUGCCUGAGAUUGCGAACAUUUGCAAAUGCAAUGUCGAAAAUGCUAUCGACAACAAUACUACAGAUCUGAAGAUUAAACAUCUUCAAUAUCAACUAGAGAAGGAAAUCGAAAAUAAUACAAAACUGCUAUUGGAUAAUAAGAAAUUGCAAAGUCAAAUUCAACAAAGUGCAAAGUGUGUUGAUACGAAUGAUCAAUGA